GCGUCAGCUCGGGCGGCUCCCUGGCCAGCGCGGUUCGCAUCGCGGCGGAGGCGGGGAGGCUUCCUGGACCGAGCAGCGCCUCGCGGACGGGACCAUGUGGGCGCUGGGCGCCUGGGUGCUGCUGGGCGCCGUGUGCGCGGGUUCUGCCCAGUUGCAGUUCAAUGUAAUCAAGUCUGUUGAACAAACCAUUUGUAAUCAAACAGUCAUCCUGCCUUGCAUAGUGACUAAUUUAGCACAGAAGAAUACUAAAGUCAUGUUUGUUAAAUGGAAACUAGAAAAAAAAGAAUUUUUCAGUUUUUCCGGAGAAACAGAAACGAGCCACACAAAUGAGAGUUUUUCAUCUGCUAAAUUAGAAUCUCUACAAAAUUUGAAGUUGGGCGUUGCCUCAUUGACAAUCUCAAAAACGCAAGCAGUUCCAGGAAACUACAGUUGUGAAGUGACAGAAUCGAAUAGGGAAGGAGAAACUGUAAUUGAACUUGUAUACCGUAUAGUGUCAUGGUUUACACCAAUAGAAAAUAGUCUCAUCAUACUCUUCAUGGUCUUGGCUAUUUUGUUUUAUUGGAUUCAGUUAGCCAUUACUGUAUCAAAAUUUGAAACAACACUUCUGAAGAUCAGCUUAUUUAUUGCAGGAGUUGUCAUCUCAGUUUUUGCUGUAGUUGGUUUUAGUCUUUUAAUUUCAGAUGAGUUUAAGCCAGAGAAUCAAAUUGGACUUGGCUUAAUUGUACUCCCUGCUGUGAUAUUAGUGCCGUCUCAGUACUUUCUGCUUCAGAAAGUUUGUGAAAAUAAUCUGUUGUUUGCAAUUGGUGUGGUAGUUCUGGAAUCACUUGGUUAUUUGAUUGCUGUCAUCGGAUUUGGUCUGUGCGUUACAGCAUGCCGUCCGAUAAAUGGUGCUGUCGUUAUUGCUGGCUUAGCCAUUAUGGCUCUUACACCAGUUGUUGGCCUAAUUCAUGCAAUUCUUACGCGUUCCAGCAAGAAAGAUCAAGCUUCAACGAAAGCUGUAGAAGAACCACUUAAUGAUGCAAAAGGAGUGAUGUUAGAAUGAUGCAUAACUAACUGGCGAGAGUGACAGAAUCUACUACAGAGGUGGUGAUAUGUGAAAAGAAAUACAUUUGUUUAUACACCGUGGCCUUUGAUGAUGCACUAGUCAAAGAGAAAAAAUCAGGAAGCUGGCUGUUUUGCAUGUUUGGAAAAAAAAAUGCUAAAAUGAUUUACAUGUAAUUUUAUAGUCACAGCAGCGAUAGUUCCAUUCAAGAAAGAGAGUUGGUUUUUCCCCCUGGAGUCUGUGUUAAAACUUGGCCAGGUCAGUGACCAAAUGAUACUAGCACUGUGCUACUGGAACAGACCUUUGUGAUAAUUUAAACAAAUUGGUAUUGCAUGUUUCUCUCACCCUCUCUCCCCUCAAAUAUUAAAAAAAAAAAAUCCAAUGUCGCUACUAUGAAGUUAAAUAUGCUAAAGCUUGUAAUUACAUUUAGAUUAAUGGGGUUUUGUGUGUGCACGGGCAAGAUAUGUUCAUGCUUAUAUGGUAUGAAUAGAAAGUGUUUGUUUGUACAAAUGUUACUCUUUCCACUUUCAAUGUAUAUAUUAUAGAAAACAGUGGCACUUACCACACUGAAAAAAACUGCAUAAACAAAGCCUUGCCUUUUUUAAUGAUUACCCAAGUUCCCCCUACUCCCGCAUUCUAUUAUAGUCUCCUUGUGUAUAUAGUAGUUGUGUGGUGUGCUUCCAUUACUGAUAUUUUAGUCUGAUGUUUUUUGUGCCUCUUGUUGUAGUCUUGAUUAAAUAUUACUCAACCCAAGUCAAAUUCAGCACUGCGGUUGUUGGGCACAAUACCCAUUGAUUUCAUUGUUAAAGGUACCCUUAAUGUUCAUAUGAUAUAGUCUGUAGUACUGAAACCAGUCAAGGGUUUCUUCUUUGCAGGCUGACGUUUAAGAACCUCUUGAUGCUGUCAGAAAAUGGAGAAUAAUCAAAGUUAGCAGCAAAUCUGCAUUUUAAAUCUGCCUCCUUAUUACCAAGAAUAUAUGCAUAAAAAUGAGCUAUGUUAGUUCAUGGGAUCCUGCUACUGACUUUGUGAUAUUGUCAUUAUAUCAUAAACAGAAGACUCUUUCAAACAGGGAAUAAGUAAAUUCAGCUUCUGAGCGUACAAGUUUUACAUAUAAAAAUUUAUUAAAAUCUAUUUAGAAUCAUUUCUUCAUGUCUUGUGUAGUCUGUGAGGCCUUGCUAACAGCUAUACUUUGAGGGUUCACCCACUGUAACUAGUAAGAAAGCAGUGUUCUCCUUUAACGCAUUUUUGUGACUAUAGAGAGCCAGGGCCAUAUUCCAGUUUGAUAUAGAGACCAUGGAAUUAACUUGAGGGGUAGGAGGGAAGACAGACGAAUCCUACAGCCUACACUCACGUGCAUAGGCCCCAUGUGAGGACUGUAGGAUUGAGCACCUCAGCUAACCCACUACACCCUUACAGAAGUCAAUGGGAUAUUCAUAUGUGUAAAUGUUAGGGAGUAUAAGUUUGUAUUUGCUUUGUAAGGAUCUAAUCCAUAUUGCUUUAAUUUUUUAAAGGUGUAUGGUUUGGGAAUGUGAUAUAGCAUCAGGGUAUUCAUAGAGAGUUGAAAUCCAUAUAUAUUAGUCCUUUGGUUAAGCCUCCCCCAUUAAUCAAAAUAGUCCAGGUAAGAUGUGGGAGACAGUAUGGAUCAUUAAUAAGAGGCAAUCCAGGGACUUCCCUAACAUUUAUGCAUGGGACUCCUCAUCUACACCACUCUAGUUACUGAUAUCCUCUAGUAGUUUAUAGCAGCUCCACGAAGUAGCAGGCUUUGAAAUUCUGUUUUGCCUUACUCUUAAUAUAACUUUAUAAUCAACUGUAAGCAAACUGGAAUUUAGCAGCCGCUAUUGUGGUGAAGUCAAAUUCCUUUAAUAAAAUAUUACCAAACAAAUUCAGUACCCAGUACUUGUCUAUUAAUCAUACUGCUGUAUGCAAAGGCUCUGCUUUGGAUUACUCUUGGGCACCAGUUAAAAGUGGGUUAGUUAAUUUCUUAAAGUCACUUCACACUACUUUCCCUCCAGUAAAAACCAAAGGGAGGGAGGGGUGUGUGUGUGU